AUGGCCUGGCUCUUCGCCUUGCGCUGGGUGCAGCGCUGCGGAAGCAAGCACAUCACUGCCACAACUGCUACAAGGGGAAACACCGCAUCCCUGGCAACACGCAGGGUGCGGACAACUGUCCUGAGGUACGAGAGAUCGGGCGCUGCAAACGGGAAGGGCAGCCGGUCCGUGCUGUCCGUGCCCCCCUUCGCCAAGGAGCUGCACCUAGAGAUCGUCUGCUCGCCGGCCUACAGCGCCCGGGCGGGCUACGACCGCGUUCUCUACAAGCACUUCCAAACGCCCCGGCUUGUCCAGGAGGGAGACAUCCUAUGUGUUCCGACAUUUGGAUAUGCUGAGUUUUUAGAAGUAAAUACAGACAAAUUCCUAAGGUGGCCAGAACUCUACUUCAAAGUGAGGAAGAUUUUGGGCACGGUGGAAGGCGAGCAGUCUGAGGGUUACCUGGUGGACACCCAGAACACCUCUCUCUAUCUGGUGGGUCCAACAAACAGCGCUGUCCCAUCUGCCCCAGCCUAUAACUGCCAUGAGUUCUGGAGCAGUUUGUCUCCUGCUGGACUUUCUGAUGUUGUGAAGCAGCUCUGUGAUGCUCUUCGACCUCACCUGAACAGUCCGGCAAGUGCACUGAGCGGGGCUGGCAGCGUUCUCCUCUCAGGGCCAAGCGGCAGUGGGAAAUUGGUGGCCGUCAGAGCCGUGUGUAGCUGCCUCAACCUCCACCUCUUCAAGGUUGAUUGUGUUAGUUUGUGCAGUGACACCAGUGGAGCCACAGAGGAGAAAGUACAGAUGGCUUUCACCCAGGCCCAGCAGUAUCAUCCAUGUGUGCUCCUGCUUUUGCUUGGCAGAGACCGGGACAGGCUAGGAGAGGACGCCAGGGUCAUCGCUACUCUGAGACAGCUGCUCCUGGACAGAGACCCAGCACUGAGCCACCCUGUCCUGGUGAUUGGCACAACCUGCAAACCCCAGGAUGUUCCUACAGACGUGCAGACUGCUUUCCUUCACGAGGUGAAAAUUGAAGCCCCUUCAGAAGAGCAGAGGAAGUCGAUGCUGAGCAUGCUGACUGCCAGUCUGCCUCUGGGCAAAGAACUGAGCCUAUCCAAGCUGGCCCGCAGGACUGCAGGUUUUGUGCUGGGAGAUUUCUGUGCCUUGUUGUCCCACAGCAGCCGGGCUGCUUGUACCCGCAUCCAGGCCUUGAGUUUUCCAGGCGGACUGAAUGAGGAAGUGGAGAGAGAUUUUUGCACUGCUGGGUUCCCAGUGCUUGAGGAGGAUUUUAGUGUUGCGCUGGACCAGCUGCACGACGCCCAUUCGCAGGCAGUGGGAGCUCCAAAGAUCCCCUCCGUGUCGUGGCAGGAUGUUGGAGGGCUCCAGGAGGUGAAGAAGGAGAUACUGGACACUAUCCAGUUGCCCCUGGAGCACCCGGAGCUGCUGUCACUGGGUCUGUGCCGCUCGGGUCUGCUGCUGUAUGGGCCUCCAGGGACAGGGAAGACCUUGCUGGCAAAAGCCGUGGCAACCACGUGUGCCAUGACGUUCCUUAGCGUGAAAGGGCCAGAGCUGAUCAACAUGUAUGUUGGGCAAAGCGAGGAGAAUGUGCGUAAUGUGUUUGCCAGAGCCAGGGCAGCUGCUCCCUGCAUUAUCUUCUUUGAUGAACUGGAUUCCCUGGCCCCCAGUCGCGGGCGGAGUGGAGAUUCAGGGGGCGUCAUGGACAGAGUUGUCUCACAGCUCCUGGCUGAGCUUGAUGGCCUUCAUUCCACCAGAGAGGUAUUUGUCAUUGGAGCUACAAACAGGCCUGACCUCCUGGACCCAGCUCUGCUCCGGCCGGGCAGGUUUGACAAACUGGUCUAUGUGGGCAUAAACGAAGACCGGGAGUCCCAGCUGCAGGUGCUAAGCGCCGUCACCAGGAAGUUUAAACUGGAUCCUUCUGUGAAUCUCACCACCAUCCUAGAAAAAUGCCCAGCUCAGCUGACAGGAGCAGACAUCUAUGCCCUGUGCUCGGAUGCCAUGAUGUACGCUGUCAAACGCAAGGUGGAAUGGAUCGAGGAAGGGCUGGACACUGAGAGCUCUGCUCUGAUCCUGACCAUGGAGGACUUCCUGCAGGCUGCUGCGAGGUUGCAGCCAUCAGUCUCUGAACAGGAGCUGCUCAGGUACAGACUCAUCCAGCAGAAGUUUGCUGCCUGCUAAUGCUCAGCAGAGCUGGGACU